AUGACACCUCCACCACCACCACCCACCUCAGACCCUGCGCACGCUGCUGCUGCUACUGCUGCCCCGGAGAGACGACCGGCGCGCAAGAGGCGGCGGCUCGUUGUGUCCUGCACGGAAUGCCACCGCAGGAAGCAAAAGUGUGACCGCAACCAGCCUUGUGCCAACUGCACGUCGAGGAACAAGGCGUCUGGGUGUAUCUACGAUGCGCCCGCCAAAUCACUCCCGUCGCUCGGGACCAACGAGUCCACCUCGUCCCUGUCCCAGUCGACGUCGCCGCCGGCCCUGCCAGCGUACCAUGACGGCGGCGGCGGCGCGACCCUCUCCUCGGUCGCGGCCCAGCUGGGGUACGCGCACGCCGGGACUUCCACCAUGGGCUUCCUCCGCCACAUGGAAGCGCACGACCCAGCCUCGUUGCCAGCAGGGCGCUUCCAGGUCCCCAGUCGCCCGGGAGGGCGCGACACGGAAGCCUUGACCAGCGAAAAGUUCAAGGGCCUGAUCCGGCAGCUACCGGCCAAGAGGUACCUGGACCGGCUGGUCACCAUCUUUCUGUCCACGUUCAACUACCAGUACUAUGCCGUGGACCCAGACGUCUUCCAUGCCCAGCUCCAGGAGUGGCAGUCCUUGCCCUUCAAACUGCUCUCGACCUCUGGUCCACACGGUCUGACACCGGACUUGCGGGUGUUUCCGGCCGUUCUCUUCCAAAUGGUGGCCACGGCCCUGCUCGUCGUGCCAGAGGGCGACGAGGAGAUGGAGGGGCUCAAGUACGCCGCCGGGAUGACCUUUGAGGACCUCGCCAUGGACUAUAGCGAGAAUGGCAUGGCGAUUGUGAGCCUCUUUGGCAAGACAGGGCUGGCGCUCACGACGAUUCUGGCCGAGUUUUUGAGGGCGGGUUUUCUGAAAUACACGGCCAACGUGACUGAGUCGUGGCAUCUGAUUUCCGUUGCGAUCAAAGACGCCCAGGAGUUGGGCAUGCACAGGGACAGUCUUGAUCCGAAACCGAGAGACGGGAGCGCGGAGGCAGCGCUGGAGAAUCAAUGGCUCAUUGAGAGGAGGAGGAAGAUGUACCUCAUCCUGAUCAACUGGGACAUUGCCAUGUCCACGUUCCUAGGUCGGCCUGGGACCAUCAACCGAGCUCACGGGCUACCAACCCCUCCCGUCGACACGAAAGCUCCAGUCCAUCGUUCGCGGCAGUCUGUCGUGCCCAGAGACGAAUGGAACGAUCCGCCGACGGCGAUCAUCAGUGUGCUGUGGCUUCGCGAGCUGCAGCACCAUCUCUUCGAUGUCGCAGAUCUAGAACAAGACGGGCCUCGCCCCAAGGACUACUCCAAGGUCGACGCGAUCCACGAGCGCAUGGUGGCUACUGAGGAGCGGAAGCCGGCCAUCCUUCGCGUUGUCAACCCGGACACGCGGUGGGAUCACGAGCCGGAGACGGCGUGGGUGCAGCACUUGCGGUAUCACUUUGCCGGGCUGUACGCAUUCAACCUCAUGGUCCUACACCGGCCGUAUAUCUUUCACCGCAAGAAGAGCAGACACGAGGCAUUAAAGGCGAGCCUCCAGAUUCUGGAGAUGGGCAGAUGCAUGUUUCAUGGGCUGCCACCCGACCACUGGCGGAAUUACCACCUGUUCUUCGGUAGCUUUGACGCCAUUGUACUAUUAUCGACAAUCUUCAUGGUCUUCCCGCAGGAACACGAGGCGCUGCGGCAGAACGCACUGCAACAGUUCCAAUGGACACUCGAGCGCUUCUCCGCCAUGCAGGAACGCAAUCCCCUUGCGCGGUCCGCUCAAGGCGUUCUCAAGGCCAUCCUCGCCAAGCUGACCAAGGCUCUGAACAUGCCCUUGCCAAGCAGCCAACAGCAGGCGGACGCAUUGCCCACGACGCCCGCGUCCGUGCUCGAAUCGAAUCCAUUCCACCCGAAAUCCGUCAACGAGCAGACACCGUUGGCAUUCGCCCACAGCGCGCCCUCGACGGACGGGGCAGACGACGUGGCGCCCGUGGAGUGCGCCGCGCACUGGACCACGCCUGACAACCUCGCCGCCAUGGCGCCCAUGUAUCCGACGUACGACCUGCUGUUCAACGACCUCUCCGUCACCACCGGUCCGUUUGACUCUAUGACGAUUAUGGACAAUCCACAUCCUAACCCGUGGCACUUUGGGGGUGGAUUUGGCGAGGACACUGUGUGGACGUUGCUGAACCAGUAUCCCUACGGGCAGCAACAGGCCGAGUGUACCUGA